AUGCCGUCCUGGCUCAAGAAGAUUGUCUCACUCGGUCGUCGACCAAAGGGCUCCACCUCUGUCACUAAACAAGAUCAGAGCAAUAGUCGAUCUGAUUUCAAAUCAGCUGCUCCUUCAGAGCGGCCCUAUUCGAACGGACAAAAGUCAACGCCCGAAAGUCAACCGGAUGAGAGGGUUGGUGAAAGGAAGAGGACACAACCGCAGGAAAAAUUACCCCGCAACACCACCAAGAAUAGUGAGGAGCAGCCCCGCGAUAGCGUGAAUAUGACCGCCGCCGCUACUACCGCCGUGUCGCACACUCAAAAGACAUCUACAUCAGUAUCAGACCACAUACAUCUCAGUCAACGGACCGGAGACCUCAUCCAAACAUCUGCUCACAAUGGCGUCCGUGAUAUCGAGAACUCGGGAGGCGCCUUAAACCCCAACCAAAUCGUCUUCGUCCUCAAAAGCGGCAAUGGCCGUUAUCGCAUUUACUCGCUCAUCGAAGAGGAGCCAUCUUCUGCCGUCGCCGCCACCGCCAAGUCUUCCGACGAGAGCGCUUCCGAGGACGGAGAGAAGAUCAAGAAGGCCAAGGUCAUCAAUGGAAAGGCCGGUGAUGAUCAUGAGAAGACGAAGAAACUAUCGCCUUUCAAACUAUCCGUCACAUAUGCGCAAAGCCUGCCAGAAGAAUUGACGCGGGAGUUCCUGGUUGAGAAGGCGCCGGAGCACUUGGCUGGGGUUGACGAGUUGCAUGUGAUUGUCUCGACGCGGUCGGGGUUGGGGCUGGCGGCGGGCUUCUAUGAGGGCGUCUUGAAGCCGCUUUUGGAGGAGGGAUUUGGGUUUGAGGCUGUUGGCGAUGUGGUUGAGGGUGAUGAUGACGACAAUGAAGGGCGAAAAGCCAGGUCAGGCAAAACAUAUCAAAUUACCUUCACCAAAAGCGCAGACACAGUCAAGGAUUUUGCUCGGGGACUAGUGUCUCCAUCAUCUUCUUUUGCUCAAGGACGACAACAGCGACAACCAAGCAGGACCAUCAUUCUCCUGUCCGGCGACGGCGGCAUCAUUAACCUGCUCAACGGUCUCGACCAUCAUCCGCUCGAUGUAUCUUCAUCGCCAUCACCAUCUUCAACCCCAACCCUCGCCAUCCUCCCCCUAGGCACCGGCAACGCCCUCUUUCACUCCCUCCACAAGCCUCUCUACAAGCCCCAGGGCACCGAUGGCCCAUCACCACUAGUCCUCGGCCUCCGCACCCUCUUUAAGCGCGGCGUCUCAGCUCCGCUCCCGACUUUCCGAGCCGAAUUUUCUCCCGGAGCCAAGUUAAUCUCCGGUCAACCGGAAGUACUUCCCGAUAGUAACGAUUCACCAAAAGAUUACCUCUUAUUCGACGUUACGAGCACGAGCUCUGGUACUACUCCAAUUAGGAAACGGCCGGAAAUCACCCACCUCCUAGGCGCCAUCGUCUUCUCCUACGGCUUCCACGCCUCCCUAGUGUACGAGUCCGACACGCCUGCUUACCGCGUGCACGGGGACAAGCGGUUCGGUAUGGCGGCUGGGGAGUUAUUGAAGUUGUCGCAUUUAUAUGAUGCAGAGGUUUUUAUUCGUCGGUCUUCCUCGUCUUCUUCUUCUUCUGAACGAAGAGAAGAAAUCAUCACUCUUCUUCCCAAAGAUUCCCACUCAACUUACAUCCUUCUGACCCUCGUCUCUAACCUCGAAAAGACCUUUUGUAUCUCGCCGGCUUCGAGGCCGUUGGAUGGACAGUUGCGGUUGGUACAUUUUGGGUUCGGUGAAGAAGGCGUAGGUGGAGCUGAAGCGGAGGCUGAAAACAGAGGAAAACAAACCAUGGAUAUCAUGAUGGCUGCGUAUCGUGAUGGCGCGCACAUCAACGGCCCAGAAGAAAAGUUCAAGGACGUGGUAGGUUACGAAGAAGUAGAAGAAAUCAAAGUGGUGAUUAAUGAAACAGAUGAGAGAUGGAGAAAGGUCUGUGUGGAUGGGACUAUUGUGGAGGUUGAGAAGGGCGGGUGGGUUACAGUAAAAAGAGAGGGGGGGAUUGGGAGUGGCCAAGGGGAGAAGGGGAGGGAGAGGCUGAGGGUUUUGGUUGAUAAGGGGGUAGUGGUUGGGAGGUGGUGA